UUCAAAGUCCGAGAGAGAGAGACGAUACGGUUACAGUACCAUAGCAAAUGGAAAAAGCAAUGGAGACGGAGCAAACUGAGCCGCAACCCAUGUCCAAGAACGCUAAGAAGAAGCUCCUGAAGCAGCAGAGAUACGAAGCGAAGAAGGCGGAGAAAAAGGCCUUUGAGAAAGAGCAGAAGAAGAGAGAGGUCGAGCGAAAGAGAAAAGAAUGGGAUGAGAAAUUGGCGAGUUUGAGCCAGGAGGAAAGGGAAAAGCUGAUCGAGGAAAGAAAAGAGCUGCGGAAAGAACGAAUGGAAAAGCGGUCAGAAGAAAGGGAAAGGAAAAUCGAGAAACUCAACGAAGCGAAAAGUAAUGGCCAGAAUGUUGUUAUUGAUCUCGAAUUCAUGCAUCUGAUGAACUCUUCUGAGCUCAAUAGCCUCGUUCAACAGAUUAUGUAUUGUUAUGCCGAAAACAGCAGAUGUGCUUCUCCGGCCCAUCUUUGGUUGACCAGCUGUGUUGGAGAAAUGCAAAAUCAUCUCCAGCGACUCCCUGGAUAUGAUAAAUGGGUAAUUGAGAAGGAGGAUCGGUCUUAUAUUGAAGCAUUUCAAGAUCAGAAAGAAAAGUUAGUAUAUCUCACAGCGGAUUCUGAAAAUGUGCUGAAUGAACUGGAUCCAAAGGCAUUAUAUAUCAUUGGUGGGUUGGUGGAUCGGAACAGGUGGAAAGGAAUAACUAUGAAGAAAGCAGAAGAGCAAGGGAUUCAAACUGCAAAACUCCCAAUAGGGGAUUAUCUGAAGAUGUCUAGUUCUCAGGUCCUUACAGUGAAUCAAGUAGUCGAGAUAAUCCUCAAGUUCUUGGAAGCAAAAGAUUGGAAGAAUUCAUUCUUUCGAGUCAUUCCUCAAAGGAAAAGAUGUGAUGCUGACUUGGGAGACUGUGAUGGAGAGAUAGAAGGGAAUGAUAGUGGUGAAGAGAAAGAUGCAAAAGAGAUUGGAAUCAUAGAAGGUGAAGAUGUUGAAAAUAAAGAUGAUCUAAAGAUAAAAAGGCGAUGCAUUGAAACUUAGAAAUGGUUAGUGUAUCUUAUUAUGAAUCAAUUUGUCCUUCCCUUUUUGAUAUUGAGAAGUAAGCAGUUCAAGCGCAUGAUAUGUGACACCAAAAUCCAGAAGGCGCUUACCAUAAAGAGAGACCGGUUUGCUAGAUUUUGACUCAAUACUUAUAUCUAGGGGAGAAGAAAACUUGGUUCCUCACUAAUUCAUGUUUUUGAUUUCUGGUAUGUGAGACAGAAUUGUAAUCUGAGGAGAAUGUUUUUCCUCAUAUUUUUCACACCUUUAUCUUGAGCAAAGAUUUCUCCACAUGGCAAAAUUUUGAAGGUGCUUAAUAUUUCGUGUUUGACCUUA